AUGAAUAAAAAUUGUAAUUUUCUUCUUCACACGGAGAACCAAACAGAAAAGUCGAUUGAAAUUUACUGUGAAGUAUUCUCUGGUGAUAUGUACAGCUUUGGUGUUUCUUAUGCUAUUUUUACAGAGCACCACGGAUUAAUCGAAUAUGUUUCUCCAAUACAAAACACCACUUUUCGUCUACGUAAUCCGGAUACCAUGUAUUACAUUCCCGGCUAUUUAGGAUUCAGUUCAGUGCCUUAUCUAACUUUGCAAACACAAAUUAAUAUGGGCUUCAUUUAUUUUGUAUGUCAACAAAAUUGUUCGAUGAACUUUUUGGCUAUUAAUAAAGGGCUUUUGGAAUACGACGAAGAGAGUUGUCUUGGAGAAAUAACACCAAUUAAAGAAGUUUGUUCAAACCCAAGUCAGAUGAAAACAAUUGAACUUUGCAGUGGUAUUAAUGGUGCGACGGUUGUGCCUAUUUUGAAGGGAAUUCAGUGCAAUGGAGAUCUCAAAAUUAAGACAUUUCAGAACCAAAAGAAAGACGGAAUUUGCGCUAUGUUGUACUCUAUCAACGAAACAAAGGCACAAAUAUCUGCUUUAAUUUGGAAGAAAAAAGAGGAGAAAGGUGUGGAAGGUGAAAAGAAAAAGUAUGUUCCCGAAAACGUAUGCUUAUUAUGCUUGAAAAACAAUGCAAAUAUUGCUAUGUUUCCAUGCGGACACGUUGCAAUGUGUGACCAAUGUUUUAACGUUCAACAAUCUAAAUGCUGCCCAGUGUGUAGAGAUGUUUUCAAAAACACAAUUCAGAUUGUUUAG